AUGCAGCCUUUUACUCUUCUCCUCGCGGCACUGCAGCUCGGGGCUGGUGCACAAGCUUCUCCCAUCACAGUCGACAAUGCUACCAACACCAGUACUGCCGUGUCAAGCCUGAGUAAGCGUGCCGGGUUUGCCUUCACCUGCAAGGACAUGGGCCCCCAAACGCCAUAUUAUGGGGACCAUUUCGUAGCAAACUGUGCGGAUGCCGACAAUCGGAGGCGCAAGUCGUGGCUGAAUCUCAAUGAGUGCUUGGGCAACCAGGGAGGAGACCUGGUCCCCCAGUCAGGUGGCAACUUUGGUGUGUCGUGCGAUACCCGAGCUGCAGAAUUUGGGGCCAAGUUCUCCUACUGCUUGCCCUGCAAGCGGUGGGGGGGCGAAUGGCAGCGCACUUGCAUCAACCUGGACGAGAUCCUCUCCAACCAAAACGGCGAACUGGAAUGCUUUGGUCAUUGGGCGUACUACUCGACCUAUGAUUUCUGA